AUGGGAAGGAAAAAGAGAGCUCAUAGAUUGAGUAUUGAUGCAAUACAAAACGGUGUUGUUGCUACUGCUGCUAGUGGUGUAUCUUUAACAUCACCGUUAUCUUCCUCUGUUGCUACUCCUAAUCGUCCUGCUAGCGAUGUUCCAACGACAACAACGACAACAACAACAUCCACUACAGCUAUACCAUCUACACCGUCUACACCGUCUACACCAAUAAAACCUACAGCUGCUCCUGUAUUUAAAACACCUGGAGUUAAAAGGCAUGGAAUGAAUGGUCAUAGUCAUAGUCACAAUCAUAAUCAUAAUCAUCAUGACAGUUGUAUAUCACCUCGAAACAAACAAAAGAUAACACCUCAUAAAGAUAAUAAUCAUCAUAACAAAGAUAGCAAUAACAAUAAUAGUAAUAAUAAUAAUAAUAAUAAUUUAAAUAAUAGGUUUAAGAAUAUAGCAAAUACAGUCUCAGACGAAUGUGAUCAAGACGAGACAGAUAACAACUUACCUUCAUUUUCAAUCAAGUUGGUAGAUUUAAAACUACCAAUCUUCAAUAACGAAUCAGAUAACUAUAAUGAAGUACUUGAACAUUCACAAUCAGUUAAAGUUAUAUUACCAGAUGAAAACAUAAAUAAUAUCAAUAAUAUUUUAAAUAAUAAUAAUAAUAAUAGGUUUAAAAAGACAAAUAAUAAUAAUAAUAAUAUAGUUACGAAUAAUCAUCAACAACAACAACAUCAUCAUUUACCGAAUGAAAAAGAAUAUAGUCAGAGAUUUAGAUAUUUAAAAGAGAAUCAGAAUGAAUUACAUCAGGCAUCGUAUAGAGAGGUGGCAGAAGAUCGAUCAACUGCACCCUUUCAGAAACCAAUCAACUUUAUCAUCUAUAAAGAGCGAUCCGGUGAAGAGUUGGACGCUGCCAUAGAGUAUGACAUGGAUAGUGAAGACGAACAAUGGUUGGAAGCAUACAACAAGAACUCUGCAACCAACCACACAGAAGAUGAAUUCGAAAUGACAAUCGAUCGUUUAGAAAAAGAAACUUUUCAAUAUAAACAAGAGACAGGAAGUGAUAUGUUUCCACAUUUCAGUUCGAUAGAAGCAGAGGAUGUAUGUUCAGUGUGCUUCGAUGGCACAUCAGACGAUACCAAUCAAAUUGUUUAUUGUGAUGGGUGCGACAUUGCAGUACAUCAAGAGUGCUAUGGUAUUCGUUUGAUUCCUGAAGGUCAUUGGUUUUGUCAGAAAUGUGAAUCACCUGCCAAAGCAACUAUUUCCUGUCGUCUUUGUAAUAUGAAGAACGGUGCAUUGAAACAAACGGUCGAUGGCGAGUGGGUACAUUUAGUGUGUCUCUUGAAUAUACCGGAAAUCAAUAGAUUGGCAAAGACAGGAGUUGGAAAGGAAAAAGUUGGACCAUCACAAAUAUUUAAUCAAAUACCAAAGAAGAGAUUCAGAUUGAAAUGCACCGUUUGUAAAAAGAAAGGUGGUGCAUGUAUCCAGUGUCGUGAGCGAAACUGUGCAGUUGCUUUUCAUCCUUAUUGCAUAAAGAAACAGCAACGAGACAGCUUCCAAGAGAAUCCAACUCCACAUUUGAUCUUUUGUAAAAAACAUUUUAAACAAUUACAUAGAGCAAAAGACUAUCAAGAGGAGAAGAAGAUCGAAGAUGAAAAUGACGAUUCAAUAUCAGAGAGUGAGAGUGAAAGUGAAUCUAGCAGUAGCAGUGAAGAGAGUUAUAGCGAAGAGGAGGAGGAGGAAGAAGAUUCAGCUGAUGAAAGUGAAGAGGAACAUGAGAGUGAAGAUGAAGUACAGGUUGAAACACCAAAGAAAAGAGGCAGACCAUUCAAGAGUAAAGCAUCUCAGCUGAAGCGAAUGGAACAAUUGGCAACUGCAGCUGCACUAAGUGAACAAGGUAUUGUGAUAACCCCCAGGAAAAGAGGAAGACCUUUAAAGAAUCAAGAAACUAAAGCAAUAAUCGAGAGACAACUACAGUUACUAAAGACACCAACAAAACAACAACUACAACAACAAGUUCAACUACAUACACCAAACAAACAAAAACAAAUACAAACUCCAACCAAACAAUCAAAGAUUGAUAAAGUAUCACCAGAGAAACCCAACAAGAUUCAAACAGAAACAGGUAUCACAGCAAAGAAAGCAGGUUUGAUUUCACUAAAGAAAGCAUUUCUGAGAAUUAAACCACCUUCACCUCGAUUCUUGCAGGCAGUCUAUGAGUAUUGGGUCAAGAAGCGUAUCAGUCGAAGUGGAUUGGCUUUGAUCAAGCGAUUUCAACCAUCUAUUAUCUACAGUCUACGCUCCACUCUUCACUCUACAGAAGCAGGUCCGAAUACACCUUCCGAUUUCAAUCAUUUGCUCAUGUUGAGAAAGGAUUUGGAAAGAGUCAGAACUAUUUUGGAGGUACUCAAGAAACGUGAGAAAUUGAAACGUCUCUACUACCAAAACGUGAAACGAAUUGUCGAUCUCUAUGCCAUCAGUGACUAUCAUUACUAUCAAACAGUCAUUGACUACCUAAUUGAUAUCGAUCAAUUCCUGCCGUUUGUCGAACCGGUCACCGAGCUACAGGCACCAAACUACUUUAGCGUAAUCUCACAUCCAAUGUGUCUGACCAAUAUCGAGCAAAAGAUAAGACUCUACCAAUAUGAAACAAGUCAAGAGUUCUUUAAAGAUUUAUUAUUGAUUUGUUCAAAUUCACAGUUAUAUAAUAACUCCAAAACUAUUGUAUAUAAAUCAUCAAAACUAUUGGAGAAUAUUGUAUCGAAACUACAGCAAAACUAUGAUCCAAAUAUGUCGAGCGAAACCAUUUCGAAAUUGAUUAACGACAUAAUCAAUCCUACGAAUCAGCCAACAGCAUCAACAGCCACCACCACCACGACAACCACUACCAACAGCACAACCACAAAUGCCAACAAACGAAUUAAACUCGACAACACACCCGCUACACCAACUAGUAGCAGAAGCAGCAGGGCCUCUCUCAGAUCAAACAGAAUCAACUCUACUCCCACACCUGUUGUGCCAACUGUGCAAGCCAAACCCAUUCGACCUAUUCAAUCAAUACCUACACCUGCGUCUCCACCAUCACCACCAGCUGCACCUGCACCUGCGCCUUCACCUCCAAUAACCUCAACUAUAACUUCACCUUCUCCAACUUUUAAACCAUUUUCACUUAGAAGAAAAGUUCUAUCAACCACCGCUGCACAACUUCCACCAAUUCCAAUGUUACCACCUAUAGAAGAGUUAAUUGAUGUUCCCAAAGCUUUAUCGUUCGAUCCCAUGGAUACCAGUGGUGACUCAUCCACCCAACCAGUAUCUCUUGAGAAAGCAGAUGAAUGUAUUUUGGAAGAAGAUUCAACGAUCAACACAAAACCAACUUCACCAUCGACACCAAAAUUUGUUUCACUCGUUCGAAAACUCAGAUCACCAAAGCCAAAUAGUUCACUGCAGCAGCAACAACAAUCACCCCAAGACUUUUCAAUGCUUGACGAAUCAAAUGAGGGUGAGGAAAUUACAACUAAAGAGGUGGCAGAAGUGUCGACAACAACACAAGAAGAAGAAGAAGAAGAAGAAGAAUCGAUCAUCGUUGACAAGGAAUUGAUCGAUGAAGAAUCUAUAAUACAAGACGAACCAAUACAAGAGGAAUUGAUCGAUGAGGAAUCUACUAUUCAAGAAGAGCCAACCAAUGCACAAGAGGAAUCGACCAAAGCUCAACCCAAGGAUGAAUCACCAACAACCGAAAGCAAUAACGGUUCAAAGAAAACAGUACAAAAGCAAGAACUUUUAAAGAUUUUGAAUAUGCUAUCAAGUGCUGAUUGUAGUAAACAAGGCUUUUUCAAAGUUCGUGGACGUGAAUGUGGAAUCAGAGACACAGUCAAACAUCUUGAUCAUAUCAGCUUGAGAAUUAGUAGGGACCACUACAAAUCAUAUGAACAAACAAGUUAUGAUAUUUAUUGUGCACAGAAUGUAUGGUCAAAGUUAUUGAAGAGUAUCAAGAUUGAUCGUGUAUAA